AUGGGUAAAUCUAAGAAAAGAUCAAGAGCAUCCAAGGCUCGUUUGAAUCCAUUAAAAAAUGAGACCAAUUCAUCCUCCAAAGAUGCUAAUCUAGUAACAAAGAAAAUUCAACCGUUAUUAGCCCAAUUACAAAGUGCUACAACAAAUGAUAGAAGUAUGGCCAUUAGUUCUAUUAGUGUAUUAUGUGAAGAUCCCCAUAUGAGACAGUUGUUAUUAAAGGAGAAACUAAUUCAUAUCAUUUUAACACAUUCGUUGAAUGAUUCGAAUAAAGAUAUCGUUAUUGAAGCAUAUGGUUUGUUAAGGAAUUUAACACUAGAGGAAGGUUAUGAUAUUUCCACUUACCUUUGGAGAAAUGAAAUAUGGGUGAGUAUUAAAAACGGUUUUGAACAAAUUGUAUCAUCCUUAGAAGCAUUACAACAAGAAAGCUCCUCCAGCGCCUCAAAUAAAUCACAACAAGUAGCUCAUAACCAAUCAAAGAGACUACUCUUUGAUUAUUCUGAUAAUUUGAUAUCGUUAUUAGUUUCUCUAACUAACAACUCAGAUAAUAUUUUAAAUGAAGUUUUAAAUGAAGAAAACUUAAAAAUUAUAUUUGAUCUUAUUCUAAACUAUUUGAAUUAUGGAUUCAAUAUUCUACCAAUUGCAUUACAGAACACUAUUUUAGAUUUAGUAUAUGAUUUUAGCUCAGAAUCUAUGAACUUCAUUGAUGAAUUAUUGAAAUAUGAGCCUAUAAUUACUUUAAUUAAGCAGCUAAACGAAGCUCCACCUAAGAAUGAAUUAUCUCAGAUAUUAGUGCAAGGUAUUCUUUUACAAUUAUUAGAAACUGAUGAAAAUAUAACACUUGAUUCCAACCAAUGUAUUAAUUUCUUACAAGCUGUAGUUGAAGCUGUGAAAGAUAUUAAUUUGGAGCAGAUGAAUAACGAGUUAAAUUAUAUUAUAAAGGACGAGGUUGAUAUCCCAAAAUUGAAGGAACAGGCUAAAAAGAGACAGAAUGCUAUGAUGCAGUUACAGGCCGUUGAAAUUUCCUUAGAUGUCGUGGCAGGUAUUAUUGAAAUGAUCUCAUCGUUAAAUGUGACUGUUUCCGAUAAUUUAUUUAAGUUCCUCCUUGCAACUCUUCCUUCAUUUUUGGAUGCGCUGCUACAAGAUUUCCCAGAUAGGGUAUUUAUUGCUUGGAAUAACAUGUUAUGGCUUCUUGCCGGCACUGAAGAAACUAUUGACAAAAGUAUCCUCACAGGCUUAUGGAAUAAAGUAACAACAUUCGAGGAUAAGAAUAACGAAUCCAUCAAAAUGGGUAAAAUAAGUGUUAUGUGGGUAAUUUUGAAAAUAUGUGGCAACCAGGCCGAUGUUGAUCUACUACAAGAAUUCGGAAUUUGGAACAAUGUUGAAUUUGUAAACACAAUAAUUCAACAAUAUAAUGAGGUUACAGGUAUUGAUUUCAGGCAAAGAUGUUGUGCUUUAUUAGCAACAGUGGCCUGCUUUCAGACACAAGAUUUGAGUGUAAAUGAAAAAGUAGGUGCGUUCUUGAUUAAAUUGUUAUCAUCUAAAGAUACACCUGUGGAUAUUUUAAUCGAAGCUCUAAGCUCCAUAUUCGAAAUAUACUCCGAUUGUGACUUUACGUAUGAUGUUCCUGUUUUCGUGAAUGGAAAUUAUUUGUCUGUUUUAGAACAAAAUGUCGUUCCAAAUUUAAAGGAAGUCUUUAAGAUGGUUGAUAAGAACAAAAAUCCAGCCCAAAAGGAAAAGUGCACCGAAAUGUUUAGCACUUUACAAAGUUUCAUUCAUUACAAAGCAAAUGAAAGGUCAUAA